AUGGCAGCUACACCUUUCAUAUCGUUACAAGAGCCAACCAAUCUCGACGCCUAUGAUUCGAAACUUGAUCAUAGUCAACAAUCAGGAAUCCCAAAAACAUUCCUAGAUGCUAUGGAAGUUCGAGAAAAGGUGUUUGUUGAAGAGCAAAAAGUACCAUUAGAAAACGAAUUCGAUUCAGACGAUCACAGAUCAUGCCACUGGGUCGUCUAUGCAUCCAUAAACACAACCACCGAACCCGAAAAAACAGACGAAGAAGGCAACAUCCUCCAACGUCAAAAAUCCCACACCAUAUCCCAACCCAUCGGCACGAUCCGCCUCGUCCCCUUCCCACACACUCCACAUCCAGAACCAGGCUCAACUUGGGCGCCAUCCUCCCCAUCCACGGGAACUAGCACACCACCCUACAUCAUCGACCGCGCCACAACCCUCCACGACGGUCGCGAACCGUACAUCAAACUCGGGCGACUGGCCGUACUUAAGGAAUUCCGAGGCUCUGGAAUAGCAAAAUUGCUUACGAACGCAGCGAUGACGUGGGCGCGGGAGAAUCCGACAUAUUUUAAUCCGUCGAUUGCGGAGAUGGGGAUGGAUAAGCUAGGGGCGUCGAGUCUGGAGGAGUUGCCGGUUUGGAAGGGGCUGGUGUGUGUGCAUGCGCAGGAACAGGUGAUAAAAACGUGGGAGCGCUGGGGGUUUGAACUUGACGAGGGGAUGGGGCGGUGGGAUGAGGAGGGGAUUAUGCAUGUGGGGAUGUUUUGUAGGUUGCCUGUUGAGGUGUGA